AGCCCACGCGCUGUCAGCCUUGGCUUCUCGUGAAGUGCUGCCGAGCCUCUCAGCUCGUGAGCCACCACGCACAACUGGAUCGGGCCAGAUCCAGAUCUGAGGGUUGACCAAAAAAAAGGGGGAGAGAUGGCGUCCUCUGGCUACGUGAGUAUCCCUCGUUGUCCUGUGAUCUUCGAUGGUACCAACUAUGGAGAGUUUGCUGCCUUUAUGCGCAUUCACAUGCGUGGUCUUCGGCUGUGGGGUGUUCUCACCGGCGAGGUCUCUUGUCCGCCGCGUCCCACUGCUCCUGUGCCUCCUACCCUGCCGUCCGUGCCACAGGCCCUUCCUGAGGAUGCUUCUCAGGCUGAUCGGGAUGCCGCCAAGUCUGCAGAGACUGCUGCUGAUGAGGCAUAUGAGGAGCAGGUACUUGCAUAUUCAGAGGCACUUGGCUCUUACCGUGACAGUUUGGCUGCCUUUACUCAGUGGUGUGAUGAGGAUGCCCGGGCUGCUGCCGUUCUUUCUCAGAGUGUUCAGCUACAGAUUGCUUCUGAGUUUAUGGGCCUUGCUACUGUCGCUGAGAUGUGGUCUCACCUUCGUCAGCGCUAUCAGCCCUCGGGGGAUUCUCUGUAUUUGUCUGUGUUGCGUUAGGAGCAUGAUCUUCAGCAGGGUGACUCUACUGUUGAUGAGUUCUACACCCAGAGUGCGGCGAUCUGGCGCCAGCUUGACUCUCUUCGCAGUGCUGUCUGUGGUACUUGCCAGUGUUGUCGGACAGUACGUUCAGAUAUGGACUUCCAGAGGAUCCAUGAGUUCCUGUCUAGACUUCGUCCAGAGUUUGAGCCUCGUCGUGCUCAGUUGUUUGCUCGAGGCCGUGUUCCUAUCUCAGAGGUGCUAACUGAGCUUCGUGCUGAGGAGACUCGUCUGCGUGGUGCUGGACUGCUUGGGACACCCUCUGUUCUUGCUGCUCGAGUUCCCACUGCUCCUGCACCGUCACUUCUUCCUACACCAGUGCCUGCUGCUUCUGGAGGAGCCCGCUCUUCUCGCGGUGGGGGUCGCUCUCGCCCUCCUCGGUUCUGCACUCACUGUCAGAGGUCUGGUCACCUUGAGUCUGACUGCUACUAGAAGCAGCGGGGUGUGCCUCCUCGUGCUCCACCUUCAGCGCCUGUCACCACCGGCUUCACUGAGCAGGAUAUAGUGAGACUUCAACGUCUCCUUGCCUCCUCCGGCUCUGCUUCGACGGGUACUGCUGCCUCCGCGGCUGUUUCCUCUCCACGGUCAGGUACAUCUUCGUGGGUUCUGGAUUCUGGAGCUUCUUUUCACAUGUCUCCUGAUUCUUCCUCUCUUUCUUCUCUUCGACCUCUUCCUCUUCCUGUUAGUGUUCUUACUGCCGAUGGUACUUCUCUCCCUGUUGCUAGUCGUGGCAUUCUUUCUACUUCCUCUUUUUCCGUUCCUGAUGUUUCUCAUGUUCCCCGUCUUACCAUGAAUUUGUUUUCCGCUGCUCAACUCACUGAUUCUGGUUGUCGGGUCAUUCUUGAUGUUGAUUCUUGUUCUGUUCAGGACACUCACACUCGGGCCCUGGUUGGGGCUGGCCCUCGGUGCUGUGACUCCCAGGGACUUUGGGAGCUUGACUGGCUUCAUGUUCCUUCUUCCACCACUUCAUCGACCGCUGCAUGUGUGCUUGCUGCUUCCACCACCGUCUCCUUUCAGCAGUGGCACCAUCGUC